UUCCACACCGAACUCAUUUCAUUUGCUGUUGAGGAAAUGAGUUGAAUUUCUGUGAUUAAAUGUUCCAUUUACUGCGCCUCGAAUGCAAACUGCUUAUCCAUGGUUUACGAUUUAGACACUAGGCUAUGUUUUCUUCGUUCAAAGGGGAUCUCCGUUGGUGCAUUAACCAAACCCCAUCUACCGACGAACAUACGGGCUUUUACAAAAGAUGAUAUAACGUGCUCUGAUAUUGGAUACCAAGAGAGCAAUUGGCAAAAAGAUAGAUGCUUUAAGGCGCACUACGACAUAAAAACAAAACCGGAAGCUGACAAAGAAUGCGCUAAAGAUAACGGAUUCCUCGUACAAAUUGAUUCCAUCUCUAAACACAAUGCAGUAAAACAGUUUAUCCAAAGUCUCCCAUCAGGAAAUAAGUUUUUUAUUGACGGAAGUGACGAAGCAAUUGAAGACGAUUGGCGCCUUUCUGAUGGGAAUCUCCUCUAUCUAGACUGGAAACCAGGCGAACCAAAUAGUUGUUGCAAAAAAUAUGAACAUUGCGUCAUAAUCUUUAGAAAUGGGAAAUAUAAUGAUGUUUCAUGCAUAGCGGAGAUAAGUUUUCUAUGUGAGAGGUCCUUAAGGACGUUCGAUCCUGAGAUUUUGAGCGUAUUUUGGUCAGGUCCUUUAUUUAUAAAAUUCUGCAUCAUUUUUAAGUUCUAACAUUAAAUCUGAAUUCUACAGUGCAAAUUUAACUAUAUCCAAUGAAAAAACCGCGAUUAAAUUCCAUUCAAGUAGAAUUAAGCUAGGGACUAUAUUUUGUGGCGGAAGGUUUUUUAGACGAAAAUGAUCAGUUUUUCCAUUUUGAACUAUAACAGUACUGUCAAUUUUGGAUUCCUAUUUUUCCAUCCUGGUUGCACACAAAGCUGUUUUUUUUGCAGUGAAAUGUGUUAUGCUGGUUCUGAAAUAUCUAUUAAAUUAUUACUUAUGAAUUCUAUCAACAAAGUGUGACAAAUAUAGUCAAUAUAUUCUGAAAAUCCGGGGGAAAAUUGAGCCAAUCUUAACGUAAAAUUGACACUUUUUUAGUAAUAUCUGAAAAUUUACAUCAUAUACCCCCACUUUUGAUAUUCUUUUCUAAAUAUUCAAGAUAAAUUUGACCUAUUUGCUUAAAAUCAGAAAAAGUUUAAGACUUUAAAAUAAUUUUCUUGCUUAUUAAAUUUUCAAUGCCAGAAAAAUCACUUUUUAUCAGUGCAGAAAGGUCAAAUAAUUGAUUAUGCGAAGAAGUUUGAAACUUUUUCUUCAUCACAAUUUUUAAGUGUCAUUUUUAAACAAACUUAGAAUUCAUUUUGUUUCAUGCUUUAAUUGGAUAAAAAUACUGGAGGGAAAACGUCAAAAAUUUAAUUUUUAAUUAAGACAUACAUUUCAGUGUAAGAAGGUCAUAUUAAAUGUACUAUAGCGCCAAAAGAAGCGUAUUGACCCCCAUUUUUUGAUUUGAAUUUUAAUUAAGCUAUGUAUGUAGAAACUAAAAAUAUACUCGGCAAAAAAAGUUUAAGACUUUAAAUAUCAGGAUCGAACGUCGUUAAGAAUUU